AUGAAGACAUCCAGAAAGCCGUGGCUGGCAGAGUGCCUUGUUUGUGCACUGGAGUUAAAUCUAGCUAACAGGAACGGAUUUCAUGAUGAAGUGACUGCAAGACUGAUUAAAGAAGUGACUCUUAUCAUUGCCGUGUGGGCUUUAUUACACGCCAGAGCUUUGUUGCUCUGGAAAACAUAUGAAAGCAAAACUAUGAGAGACGUGGUGUUUAUCAUCCAGAGCCAGAGGAAUUCUUUCCAUGUGCGGCAGGCAGAGAAACUCAGAAAAGAUCUUCUUCUUCAGAUACAAGCUCUACAAGAGAGUCCUCCUGUUAUCCGCCUACUGUACACGCUGUCAGACAAUGAAGGAGACUGGAGCAUUCUCCCUCUAUUGCCUUACUUGUCAUCCCAGUUUGGGAAGAACUCUUCUUGGAUCAUGUUUUUGGAGGAGGACACCAGAGUGAAACUUCAAAAACUUCAUCAAGUCCUCAAAAAAUUUGACCACACAAAAGAGUGGUUUCUUGGCAAGCCACUACAUGAUGAAGAGUCCACCAUCAUCCAUCAUUAUGUCUUCUCUGAAAACCCCACAUCCUUCAAGUACCCAGACUUCUCUGCUGGAUGGGCGCUCAGCAUACCUCUUGUCAACAGGUUGGCAAGCAAAAUUGAACAAGAGCCUUUAAAGUCGGACUUCACUAUAGAUCUAAAACAUGAGGUGGCUCUGUAUAUCUGGGAGGAUGGAAAGGGGCCUCGACUGACGGCGGUUCCAGAACUUUGCACAUUGCCUGAGCACUCUCCUGGGGCCCAACACUGUGCAACCACUGUCAACAGCCGCUCACCACAGUGUGGCCAACCCGUUAAGAGUGACAACAUUUUCGUAGCGGUGAAAACUUGUAAGAAGUUCCAUUCCGACAGAGUCCCUGUGGUGAAGAAAACAUGGGGUAAACAGGCCACGCUUCUUGAGUACUACAGCGAUUACGCCGAUCCCUCUAUACCAACCAUUAAUCUGGGAGUGCCCAACACAGAGAGAGGUCACUGUGGAAAAACAUUUGCUAUCUUGAGGAGAUUUCUAAGCAGUGCUGUGCCAAAGACAGAUUGGCUGUUAAUUGUGGAUGAUGAUACCCUUAUAAGCUUGCCCAGGCUGCAGGCCUUGCUGAGCUGUUAUGACUCCAGUGAGGCAGUGUGUCUGGGAGAGCGCUAUGGUUAUGGACUGGGCCAGGGAGGCUACAGUUACAUCACUGGUGGUGGGGGGAUGGUGUUUAGUCGAGAGGCUGUGGUCCAGUUAUUGGUCAGCGGCUGUAAGUGCUACAGUAACGACGCCCCCGAUGACAUGGUUUUAGGCAUGUGUCUUAAUGCUCUACAAGUCCCUGUUACACACAGUCCACUCUUCCACCAGGCCCGUCCAGAAGAUUAUGCGAAGGAGUUUUUGGUCCACCAGUCCCCAGUUUCCUUCCACAAACACUGGAACAUAGACCCAGUUGCAGUCUUUAACAAGUGGUUGAAGGACAAAAACACAGAUGGACUACAAAACGGCACUAAAGAGGAAUUAUAGUGUGUGUGUGUGUGUGUGUGUGUGUGUGUGUGUGUGUGUUCUGGUCUGACACAUGGGCAAAUGUUACCAACGAUCUCCAUUCUUGUGUUUUUUUUUUAAUAUAUAUAUUGUGAAUAUUGUACAAACAUGAAUGGUCUGUAUGAAUGUCUCAUUCACUGUGUUUUGCCAAGAGUUGCAUGUCUCGGAUGGAAGUAUGUUUUCUAAAAAAAAAUCAAAUAAAAAAAAUGAAUCAUGUGUAAUUUUAAUUUUGAAAUGUAUGAUAAACUUUAUCCUAUUGCCUUAAAUGAGUGGUU